AUGGCCGGCACCACACCCAACAUCGACCAUGACCAAGAACUGGUUGCAUUGCUGGAUGCGCUGACGAUCAACCAACCCCCGAUCAGCAGCUACCAGUUUCAAAAUACGUUUGCGGAUAAUUUCACGAACUACCGUCCCUUCGUUAAUCGACAGCUAGCCAACGCUCAACGCCACCUUGAUAAUGGCGACGAAGAGACGAUUUAUGGCGACGAGGUCGCCGAUAUAAACACUGCCGAAAUCAUGGGACAACUGGUGGCGGCGUUCAAUCAAAAGUUGGACCUAGUGGUGGUGGAGGAAAUUCUUCGACCGUCGCCUAUGUGCUUCUCGAGUGAAUUAAACUUUGAUCAGUUCAAAAGAGGAGAGGCACCGCCAUUGUUCAAGGUGCUGGCACCGUUUCUUUCUCAGAUGAGACCAACAACGCCGUUUAUCACCAUCAAACGGGGGCUGGACCCCGACCCUUACUGUACCAUCUAUACCAAACAAAUGACUCGAGUGCGACGGGUGGUAUUUCAAUUCACUCCCCAUAAUGCCCCGGCGUUUGAGAUUGUAUCGUUCAUCAACCACUACCGUCCGUUUACUGACUUCAAUUACAAAAACACGCGGUUUCGAGUGUUUGGUACCCCGGUGACAUCAGGUUACAUUCUCGGCCACAAAAUUCGAUUAAAGCUCACGGUGGUGGAUGCUGAUAAACCGUCUUUGUGUGACAAUAUGGUCGAGAAAGAAAGAGGGAAGUUGAUCAAGCGCAAAGAGUCUAAUUUCGUGCCUGAUCCGACAAACCCUCUCAUCACUGAAGACGUUUACAAUUCCUACCAGGAAAACAUGGGCACAUCAUUUGUUAACGAAACAAUGCCCCCCUUUGGUGCGUUGAGCCAAACCGAAAGUGACUUGAAGUCCUCGUUGAAAAUACCCAAAAAGUUUUCCGAAGUGGCUACCAUAGACCUAUACCAAAGCCUGGUGGGUACUCUAGACGAGUUUGGCUUGAACGAAGACUCAGAAAUUCUCACGGCGGUGUUAUUAGGGUUGAGAGAGGUCACGGUGCGGAUGUCUUACAAGAUUCCUCAGCAGGAUACUCUACCUCUACGUCCAGACGUUGGCAAUCUCUUUGUAGCCACGAUGUAA